AUGACAGAACAAAAUAGUUCGAGAGGUUUAUACAAUCGUAAGUCUCAGAAUGAAGUUCUUCAACAGGAGAGAAUUUCCUUUGGACGUUCAAAUUCUGUAGACUAUGAAACAAAUAAGUAUACAUGGGAACAUUGUAACGACCUUUCUCUCGAAAGUAAUGACGAAGACACAGAAGGAUUUAUUGUUGAACAAGAAGAUUCUUCUACGAGAACACCACAAGACCCUAGUGUAAAGAAAAUAAUUGCAAUGGCAAGAGGUACAGACUCCAUUCAGUCUGAAGGUUCUGGAAUUAACGGUUCUGCUAAUGCACCAGAAGAUAAAAUGUGUCGUAUAUGUUUUGCCGGUUCAGAAGAGGAAGAUAACCUUGGCCGUCUUAUUUCACCGUGUCAAUGUAAAGGGACUAUGAGGGAUUUAGAGGAUGAAGAAGAAAGUGAAGAUGAUUUAGUAGAACCAUUAUUUACAGAACCUAUCACCGUAUCAACGAUCUUUACUAUUGACUACUUUCAUGUCGUGUUAGGAUUUAUGUUUGUAGGCCUUGUAGGAUUCUUACAAUUGUUCUUUUCUUUAAUGUGGUUUGGGCCACUCCCUUCAUGGAAUACUUUUAGGAUCGGAUCAGCUAGUGGAGGUGGUAGUGGAAGACGCGCUGAUGGUUUUACAGUUUUUUUUUUCACAAUUAUCAUCAUUCUUGGUACCCUUAAAGCCACAUGGGGGAUGUAUAAAUUGGUUAGGAGCGCAAGUAGAAAAUUAUUAGAAAAAGUUGAAAUGACCAUUCUUGAAGUGAAUGAGGCCUAA